AUGGCGCCUAGGAGAAGUUAUUGGACGCCGCUGUCGCCAGUUGGAGGGGCCGAUGGGUUCCGUGUCUCCGGAGCGUCGAGCGCAGUCACUCAGCAGGAUAACGGGCGACUGGAGCGAUUCUCCCCGGACCACGAUCCAGGUCUCGCGUUUGAUUCUUCCACCACUUCUGCUAUCCGUCAGACUAUUCGAGAUGCGAUUUGGAUAGACACAGAUAUGUUAAUGGACGUUACCACCACCAAAAUAUUUGCGCUAUGGGGUAGGAAAGCCCUUUCCGGGGUAGAAACAGCUUGGACUGAGGUUUGCAUGGGCCUAUUACUUGUAUACAACAUCCAUAAUGGAAGGGGUCUAUCAACGGCGACGCUCGCCGCCACCAACGCCGAGAGAGAAGAAGACUUCGAGGCGGGCGGGGAGGACGUUGGCAAGCUAGUCGCCAUUCUCCGACGAGGCGCGUACGUGCGAGCGAUGGAGAUAAGGGCGCACGAUAACGUUAUCGAGGGACGUGGUGAUGUGACCGUUUGGAAUGGUGGGCGUGUCAUCGACGUGAGGGACAUCCUGGGAGACGAUGAAGGCUUUCUAGCCGCUUUCAUAAACCUGGAUAUCUGCAAUUAA